AUGGCUUGCUUUGUCUGUCAUAUGUUGCAUUUGAACAGCCCUAUAUGCAUAUACAACCCAUCACUUGGGAAAUAUGUGACCCUUCCAAUGACCAACAUUUCGUGCCGGCCAUUAUCCGGACAUGGCAUUACUCUUGCAUUCGGGUUCCACCCGGGGGUUGAUAACUACAAGGUGGCAAGGAUGGUGUCAUUUGGUAAGGAUGAGCUUGUCUCUGAGGUAGAGGUUUGUAGCACAAGAUCUUGGAACAGGUUUGAUGUCAUUCCUCCUAUAAAGAGCAUGAAGUGGGAUUGUGGAUAUGGAAUUUGUAAUGGAGUAGCAUAUUGGACCAUGGCAAACCGAAGGGAUUAUCUUGUGUUGUUUGACGCCAGCAACAAGAUAUUUCAAGCAUUGCCGCAGCCAAAGUGA